AUGAAAAAUUUCAGUGAAGAAUAUCCAGUUGAAGAGGAUUAUCAGAUUUCUGAAGAUGUAGAAAAUGUUCGAAAUUACUUGUUGUAUGGGAGAGACCUCCCAGAUCACAUAUUAAAUGUGCUUGUUGCCCCAUGGUGGCAGAGUGAUCCUGGUUCUUCAGCAGGAUUCUUUUAUGCUGGCUACCCACUUCGAAGUGGAGAUGCAGACUACAUCAGAAGACAUGGUUUUUUUCCAGAUGCAUUUCUGUAUUUGUCUGUACCAGAAAAUACUCUCAAGAAAAGAAUUUUCCGUAUUUAUAUGGAUCUGUGGGAGAAGAGACAAGAAAAAUUGAAGCAAAUUGUGGCAGAAAGAGAUGCAGGUAUAAUGAAGGAAUGGCAAGAUGCAAAAGAAGAACGGAGAGAGCAAUUAUUUGAUGAAUAUAGAGCUAGAAAACACUUACUGGAAACGUAUGCAGAUGCUGUUUAUGAAAUGAACAGGAAAAGCACCGCAGCUAUGAGCAAAGGAAGCACAGUUCCUUCAGAAACUCCAGUAACUACACCAGCGGAGAACGCAGCAAAAUCUACAGAAAGUCGUACAGUAUCCUGGAACCCACUCAGUGAACCAUCCCCAUUUGAUGAUGCAACAUCAGAAACUAUUGAAGAUGUAAUUGAAGAACUUGCUACAGCAGAAUUCCCAGAACCUAUAUUGGAGCAUAAUUGGGAAUCAAAAUCAGAUGCAAAAACACGAAUUUCAGGCCAGAUUUCUGAAUGGUUUGAACUAGACAGUUCUGACAUUGAAAAAUUGCAGGAUUUUGCAACAGAGGAGAACAUAUCAUGGAUUGAAAUCAAUGCAGCACCACCACUUGAGGUUGUUAUUUUGAAUAGCCUGGCAGCUAUUUCUAAAGUCAAGUUGAGGACACCAUCUGUGUUUGAAAGUGUCUUCAGAAUAUCUGUAGACAAUGCUGAAAACCUGCUGUCAUGUGGCUACUACUUCCUCAGCAAGUUUGGCCAGUGGUGUCCAGUUCAGAUAUUUAAAGGAGAUAUUCCAGUCCAAAUGUAUACUCCACAAAAUGAAAAGGACUUGAUGUUUCCUGUAAUACAUCGAAAAUAUAUUUACUUUACAUCUAGCAAAGAAAACUGUGAUUUGUUUAUGAAAGACCCAAUGAAGUACAUAAACCAAGAAAGCUAUAUUCCAAACUUACCUAUAAAAUUGGCAAUUAUAGGACCUCCAAAAUCUGGAAAAUCAAAGUUGGCUGAAGAAUUGUCAAGGGAGUUUGGUGUGAAAGUUGUUACACCUGGACAGUCACUGAGAUACACUUUGGAAGAGAUACCUGCAUCAUCAUUAUCAAUUGCCAUAGAAGAGAAACUUCGAUCUGGAGCUCAUGUUCCUUCUUACCUUCUAGUUCCAAGUAUUGAAGUAGCAACAAUGGUUCCAAGGGGUGCAACACAAGGUUUUGUGUUGGAUGGUUUCCCAAAUACAGAAGAAGAGUCACAACUUUUAGAAAAUUUAGGAAUAAUACCAUACAUAUUUAUUAUACUUCAGUACGGUAGCAGGACAAGUGAAAAGAACUUGAAGAAACUCAGUGCCAACUUAUACAGAGAGGCUCCCAUUUACUCUGCUGAACUGCUGCAUUAUAAAUACAACUCAUGGAAAGAGGCCAUAACUAAGAAUCUUGCACGACUUGGUUUUGAGAACAAAAAUUUGCUAUUCAUUACCGAAGAUAAUUCAAAAUGGAAAUCGUAUCAAGACAUAAAAAAGAAAAUAUUUGUGGUAAUGAAUAGUUACAAUAAGUAUUUCCAAGGAAUAGGCAAAGGUUCAGCCUUAUCUCUGGAACAUAGCUGUAUAUCAACUUAUGAAUUUGGAGUGCGGCGAAAUAGUCAUUUUAAGAACUACUGUCCAGUUUGCUUGCAGUCUGAUGAAGCUCUAGUAAUGGGCAGCAUUCAAAAUGACAGAGGAGGACUUCUUGAAUAUAAUGUAAUUUCAGUAACAAAAAUGUUGUGUUUGUGA